CAAAGCAAGAAUGCGGUCUAAUGCAGCUAGUUAUCAAAAAGAUAAUUAUAAGAUUGAAUAUAGACAACCAGAAUGGAAAAAACGAUUUGUACCGUCUAAAAUACCAAGAUAUUUACCGGGUCAAGUGAAAAAAGUUGUUCUUCUGAAGGAUUUAAAAUUAUUUAACGAACAUAGAUAUAAGAUUUUUACAGCAAAACCAAAAAUUGAUUGUAAACCACCGCACAUGCCAAAAGCACGUUUAUUAAGAUUGGAUAAAUUAAAUAAUGAUUAUUAUGCUUUAAAAAAAAUCAGUGAUGAAAAUAAAAAAUUAAUGAUAAAAAUUAAUACAAUCAACAGAUUACAUGGAUUAACCGUUUGCUUUAAUCCGCGUGCAAAUUUACACACAACACGCUGGCCAGCAUAUGAACAAAAACUGAAACAAAUACAAGUGGACAAUCUUAAAGUUUACAAACGAAUAAUGGCAAAGACAAGUAAUUACAAUACAAAACUAUUAAAUAAACAAUGGAAAAAUAAUUAUGAACGUAUGACUAAACAAGCCAGAUUUCCAUUUAGCAUCGAGGUUAACAAAAGUUUAGAUGCAGUGUUAAGUGAAAAGCCCUCGAUUAGUGUCAUACCAAUAAGUUACUCUGUAAGAGAUGCAGCCCUACGCCCAAGAGUAUUUAUGGAGUUCAGUGUUCAAGAUUAUUUACCAUUAGGAAAAAUUGUAUUUGAAUUAUAUCGUGAUGUAGUACCGAAAUCAGUGGACAAAUUUUUACAUAAAAUUGAUAAUAUAGAGAGAAAAACUUUCAUCGAAACGAGUUUUUAUAAGAUUAUACCACAAGAGUAUUGUGAAAUUGGUGAUCAUCCGCGAAAUAUAAAAAAAGUUAACUCAAUAUUUAGGGAUUCUUUUCCACAGGAGAAUUUUGCUUUACAACACUCAAGACCAGGAGUACUUUCGUUGGUACCAACAGAAAGUGGAACGAAUAACAUACAAUUUUCUAUAACAUUCGAAGAAUAUCGUGCUUUUGAUGGCAACCGUGUUGUAAUUGGUAAAAUGAUUCAGGGCUAUAAAAACUUAUUGAAAAUACAAGAUUUUGGUAAAAAGGUUGGCAAACCUAGAUAUAGAGUUUAUAUAAAAAAUUGUGGAAUGGCUAGUGGACAUGCUAUAAAUAUGAGAAAUACUAUUUUUAAUAAUCAAUAA